AUGGAGAUCGGUUAUAUGGAAGUACCUAAUAUAAAAGAUAUUAAUAGUAAUAUAGAAAAGAGUGGAUUAGUUUUAUGUGUUUGUCUUAAUCAAAAAGGAUCAGAAUCUCUUGUGUGUCCAUCGUAUUAUUAUUUAUAUGUUCAUAGAUAUAUGUACUUAUCAAAUAUAAUACCUAAAUGUCUUGAAUUUUUUAAAUCUUUUAUAUUACCAUUUUAUGGUAAUAAAUUUGGUGUAUAUUUUGAAUGUAUUAAAAAAGAACAAAAUGAAUCACCAAAUAAUAAUAAUAUAAAUAUAAAUAUAAAUACAAAUGUAAAUACAAGUGUAAAUACAAAUGUAAAUACAAAUGUAAAUACAUAUACAAAUACAAAUCCAAAUAGUAGUACAAAUAAUUGUGAAGAAAAAAUUGUUCUAGAUUGGAGGCUACCAAUCGGUGUGUUGUUUGAUAUAUAUUGUGAUUUAAAUAAUAUUGAAAAGGAACAUACUAUAAAUUAUAAAACAUAUAAUGAACUUGGUGUGAAUAAAAAAAAAUCUAUAAAAAUAUGUUCUAAUAAUGAAUUAUAUAUAAAUCAUAUAAAUAUUGUCAAAUUAGAAGGUAUGAAUAAAAAUCAUGAAAAAUUAUCAUACGAAAGAUAUAAUGAAAAAAAUAUUUAUGAUGUUAAUAUGAAUAUAUAUAAUAACCCAAAUAAUAGUUCAAAUGUAAAUCAUCAUAAAAAUUGUAAUAGGAAUGAUGAUCAUAUUAAACAAAAGAAUAGUUUUAUAAAUGAAAAAGAAACAAAAGGAUGUAUUGACAUAAAAAAAGAAAUAAAUGGAAAUACAAAAAAUGAGGAAUCUGAAAAAGAGAAACAAGUAAAAAAUAUUAUUGUAGAAAAUUAUUAUGAAGAGAAUUAUAUGAAAGAGAAAAAAAUACAUAUAGAUAAUGAUAAAGGUCAUAUAAAAAAUGAUGUAGAAGAAAAUAAAGGAGAUAUAAAUGAAUAUUAUGAUGAUAUAAAAUUAAAUAAUAUUUAUGAUGAUAUAACAAAGUUUGAUUACUUUCAAUUUGUGAAGAAUGAACAAAUAAAUAACGAAUGGUAUAAUAAACAAUUUGUAAAUAUAUCAAAUAAAAAUAUUCCAUGGGUUUUAAUAGUUCAUUUUAAAGGAGAUGAAGAAUAUCCACUCUCUCUUAAUAAUAAAAAAUAUGAUGAUAAAAAUACAAAUCUUAAAGGAGAUAUUAAUAUCUUACCAUAUAAUAAUUAUAUUCCAUUAUAUAAAGGUUUUCAUAAUUUUGAAGAAUUUAUAAUAAACCAAUUGAAAAAAGCUAAUUAUAUAUUAAAUAAAAAUAAUAGAGCAUUAGAAAUAUUACCACAAAGAAUUCAAAAAGAUAUAUUAUAUAACUUGAAACAAUUCCAUAUAGAAAAAAUAUGUUCAUUGUAUAGAGAAUAUAUUGAUUAUAACAUGAUAAAUUUUAUUAAUUAUUUUAAUAAUACUUAUAUAAAAAAAGUGAAACAGUUAUGUGAUUUGAAUCCAUAUAAAGAUAAUUCAAUACAAACAAAUCAAAAAAUUAGUCAUAAAAAAAAUGAGGAAAACUUAUGUAUUUUAAAAAUCGGCCCUCAGGAGGAAGACUCCGAGGUGAUAAGAAUAGCACAAUGUGACAAUAUAGCUAAUAAUCAAACGAAUAAUAAAAAAAAUAUUAACAACAACAACAAUAAUAAUAAUAAUAAUAAUAAUAUUUAUUGUAUCCAUUUGAAUGAAAAUUUUAUAAAUGAUCAAACACAAAAAAAUAAUCUGUCAAAUAUAAGAACAUCAUAUAAUAAUGAUCAUGUUAGUGAUCCACUACAUAAAGAUUUACAUAAUGAUUUCUCUUCUAUAAUAUUAGAAGAUACAAAAAAAGACGGUGAUCAUAUAGAUUUUAAAAAUAAUUUACAUCACAAUGAAAAAUAUCCAAAUAUAUAUGAUAUCUUAAAAGAUGAAAAGGUUAUAAAAGAUUGCCCUAUUAUAUUACAUAUUUAUGGACCUCCAUAUAAUCAAAUAUUAACAAAAUAUCCCUUUAUAAAAGUAAUAAACUCAAAUGAUAAUAUUAAUAAUAAUAAGUAUAAUAAUAAUAAUAAUAAGUAUAUACAAAAUAUUCAUCUUAAUACCUUGGGGGAUUUUCUGCAUGAUCAAAUCCCAUCAUUUGUUCGCAAAAUAAUUAAUAAAGAUGAAAAAAAUCAAACAUCCUAUAUUUUAAAUAAUAAUGAUAAAGAUAAUUAUUUAAAUUCAGAAACAAUAUAUUAUUUUAUUGAAGAUGAAUACUUGAUUUUUAGUCCAUAUAUGUUCAUUAUAGUUAAUGGGAUACAAAUUCCUUUGAAUACUCCUUUAUAUUGGCUAGCUGCCAACUUUUCUCAGUUUGAUCAUUUUCUUCACAUUACCAUACGUAUACCCCCAUAUUAA